AUGGGAGCGAAAUCAUUUAGUGUAAAAGUUCCUCACACCUGCCCAGCUAACUUAGAUGUUGAGCGGGAUGCUUCCCUGAUCACGAAGGCAAAGGUGAAUGCUUGUAGCAAUCCGUUGGCCAGCAGCAGAAAAGUGGUGGAGAAAGAGAUGUUGCAAAUAUUUCAACAAAAUCCAGAUCGGAAUCUUCCGGUUGUUGCUAACGUCGUGCGAGCGGUACAGCGGAAGAAACAGUCAUCUUAUCCGAAAAACCCAACUGAUCUUCACUUUGAAUGGGGUCCUUUCGAAAGAUGCAUUCCAGAUGGAUACUUCCGUGCCGAUGUAGUGAUCGACACGCCCCGACGCUAUGCCCGUCACCUCAUCUUCGCCACCGAUCAGCAGCUACAUCUGUUACGCAAAGCCAAAAGAUGGUACGGUGACGGAACUUUUUUCAUCUGCCCGACUCCUUUCUAUCAGGUUUUCGGCAUACAUGCGUUCAUCCGACAUGUCACAGUGCUGAUGUCCGGGAAAAGAAAGAAAGACUACGUUGCAGUUUUUUCUUCUAUUCUUGAACUUCUGACUCUUUUGGGUGAACCAAGAGUGGAAGAGUUUAUGAUGGAUUUCGAGGCUGCUAUGUGGCAGGCAUGCAGGGCGGUUUUCCCCACAGUGAAGCCGGUCGGCUGUUCCUUUCACUUGACACAGUCCUUCUACCGCAACAUCAAGGCUAUAGGACUAAGUCCAGCCUAUAGAAAGGACAGCCAGACCCGGAACACCUGUCGGGAAUUGCUUAGCCUUUACCUGCUGCCAGCCGAAAAAAUUCGCAAAAGGUUCCAGAGCAUCGCAUCCAACGCGACAGGGCUAAUGUUGCGUUUCUGCAACUAUGUGGAAACAACCUACAUAAACAGCACAAUUUGGCCACCAGAGUGCUGGUCUAUGUUUAUGCAGCAUGUUAGGACCAAUAACAACGUUGAGAGUACCCACAAUAACCUCAAAGCUGUUGCUGGCAAGUUAUCUAUUUAA